CUCUGACCCAACCCCUGGACCRGGCCCUUUCCCUGUGGAAGCAGCUCCUGGAAGGUUCUGGAACGCCGUCCGUGCGCUGCCCCGAGCAGAGCGGGAGCUCCCUGCGCCUGCUGGGCUCGCUCUACCUGCUGCACGCUCAGCCCAUCCAAGCCCUGGAGAGUUUCCUGCUGCUGCRCUCCCUGUGCCAGAAAUUCCAGGAUUUUUCGGGAAUGUCCGGAGCCCUCAGCCAGGCCAGCGGGAUCCUCCUGCAGCUCGAGUGUCCGGCACAAGCUCAGAUUUUGCUGGAUCUGCUGGAAUCGUGCCCCGAGGACCCCGAGGUCAGUGAGGAUUCCCGGCUGCUCCUGCACCACUCGCGGCUCCUGCUCCGCAGCCACCUCUGCUCCCAGCAGGGAAAGGUGAGAAAAACGGGGAUUUCAACCCAAAAAAUAACAGGGAUUGGGAAAAAAUGGGAAUUACCAUCCCAGAAAUAA